AUGAUGGCAGAAAAACAGCAAGUGCCUUUGAUGUUGUUUACUAUAGAGCAGUGUAGAAAAUUUAGCCUGUUUCCUAAUGAACGAACAACUCUCAUUAGUCAAGCUGAUGAGAUGCAAAUUGUGCAGUAUUGCCUGGCCUGCUACAAUAAACUGAAAAAUGAAGAAUUUGAUGCAGACCCUAAAGAUGUUCUCACAAUUUUAGACUAUAUAAAAUCAUCUGAUUGUCACAAGAUUGAGGAGCAAAUACAAUUUAUUAAGAAGAGUGUGGAAACUACUGAUGUAAGAAUGAAAAAAACUAUCCAGGCUACAAGUGAGCCUUGUUUUGAAGAAGACGGCCAGCUUAUGAGCCAGGUUUCUGUGUUGUACCAAGAAUACAAAACCACGAGCAAUCACUGGUCACUUGCAGACACUUUUCUCAGUUUCCUAAAAGCUCUGGCUGACCCCAAGUCUGAGCUGUAUGUGUCACUGAGCAGCAACAGACAGGUGUUGAUGUUGAAACCAGAUGUAGAUGACUUCAGCUCUCUGCAGCUUAAGGUCAUUGAAAUACUGAAGCAAGCCUAUAAGGGUGAGACAGAUCCAGAAACUAUAGACCAUGUUUGUGAAGAAGCUCAGAUGGUAGGGCAUAUACCAUCAACACCCACAGUUCUGUGUGAAGGUUCUCAGACCACAGGGCAUACACCAUCAACACCCAGUGUUCUAACAACAGCAAGAGGUGAAGAAAGUCAGCAAGUGCCAGGUGUCUCCCCCACCACCCCCUACCCCCAGUGUGAGAGGAAGGAACUGCAGAAGAUUUUGAUUGAGGACAUUUUCCGGUCCUACUUACACUUACUGGUCAACUCUCGAAGUCAGCUUGCUCUAGCCAGGGUGUUCAACAUUCCAGAAAGAGGUUUAGAUAUCACGGCUUUCACUCACCUCAAACAUGAGGCUCAGAGUACAGGCCUGUCAUUGUAUCAGACCCUGUCAUCCUACAUGCUGAGGAUACACCUGGGGGGCAGUGGAUACGCCCCAGCAACAGACAGUCCUCUUCUGGCCUAUGUUAAAGGCCUCGGGUCACUCCUAGACUUGACCCAAAAGCUACAGACUAUUGUUGAGGAAGUAACAGACCUCAGCAUGGCAUGCAGGAGAAUUAUACAGAUCAUAAAAACAAAUUUAGUUAGGUGCAAGAGUGGAAAAUUUCUCCGUAACCUUGUUGAGCCAGUGUCAGAGAGGACAUACAACAUACUCACUGACAUCAUACAGCGACGUAACACUGCUGAACAGGGAAGUCCAGAUAAGCCUGUCAGUAGUGGAGGGAGCAUGUCUGGCCGCAGAUGUACCUGUGUCUUACAGUCUUACCUGGACCAGACAGCCGUGGUCAGCUCCCAUCUAGACCAGCAGAUGAUGUCGGACAUCAGGUUCUCCUCUCAGACCCCCACACGCAUUCCUUGUCUGCUGACACAGUUCAGAUCACCAGCCAUUAUGGACACAGAAGAAGAAGCACCCAGUGAAGUGAACAGUGUCUCCACCAAACCUAGAGGACCAAAGAAGGCAGUGGUGUCUGCUGCUCUGUACAUUGAUGCUGAUCAAGAUGCAGUGCUGUCACAAGGGACACUAAGCUCUGUGGAUGUUAUCCCCAGCAAGACCAUCGCACAUCCACGCCCUGAUCACGUUACCACAACAAGCCUUCGAGAAACCACCACCAGCUCGGUUGUUGUACGCAAUGCCAAGGGAAGUAAACGAUGUAUUGUCUCCUCCAAAGAUCAGGAAAACCUGACUCUCUACCCUGGACAGGAUGCAAGCAAGGCGAAGCUGCCCUGUCAGCAGACGCUCGUGUUGACUGACUCCCCAAAGUCAUCCAGAGCUGGUCACCAACAGGGGAAGUCAUCUAAGUCAUGUCGGAGACGCCUUUUGCCUCAGGUCAAAGGUCAGGCCAAAAUAACCGGCUUCUUUAGGAUAUAAGAUCAGGCCAAAAUAACCGGCUUCUUUAGGAUAUAAGAUAAGGCCAAAAUAACCGGCUUCUUUAGGAUAUAAGAUCAGAUCAAAAUAACCGGCUUCUUUAGGAUAUAAGAUCAGGCCAAAAUAACCAGCUUCUUUAGGAUAUAAGAUCAGGCCAAAAUAACCGACUUCUUUAGGAUAUAAGAUCAGAUCAAAAUAACCGGCUUCUUUAGGAUAUAAGAUCAGAUCAAAAUAACCGGCUUCUUUAGGAUAUAAGAUCAGAUCAAAAUAACCGGCUUCUUUAGGAUAUAAGAUCAGGCCAAAAUAACCGGCUUCUUUAGGAUAUAAGAUCAGGCCAAAAUAACUGGCUUUUUUGAGAUUAACUUUGAAGGUUAGACCAAAAUAACCCUCAAUUUUUUUAAAGUUUUGAUAAAACUAGAUUUGUUUUAUCCUCCUGUCAUUCCUUCUCACAUCAUUUCAGUGGUAGGGUUUAGUGACCUCUGUAGUGGUUUAUGUUGUCAGUGACCCCUGCAAUGGUUCAUGUUAGUGACCCCUGUAGUGGUAGGGUUCAGUGACCCCUGUAGUGGUAGGGUUCAGUGACCCCUGUAGUGGUAGGGUUCAGUGACCCCUGGAGUGGUUUAUGUUGUCAGUGACCCCUGGAGUGGUCGGGUUCUGUCAGUGACCCCUGCAGUGGAAGUGUCCUGUCUGUGACCCCUGCAGUGGUAGGGUUCUGUCAGUGACCCCUGCUAAUGAAUAGCUGAAAGAGUGAGCGUGUACUUUAUAUGUUCAUGUAAAUGUCAAUACGUGAUUUAAAUAGUACAGCAGGUAAAUUGUAAGUUAUUGUAACUUAAAUUAUGCUGUUGUUCAUGACUUGAAACUAACACGACCCCUGAAUAUUUCCCAACAUACUUUGUUGUGCCAGAAUUUUCUGGAUCUUUCUGGAGCAGCUUGUCUUGUUACAUUUUUUAUAUAUGGGCUUUCAUACACUGGAUAUCUGGUUAUGGUAAAGUUUUUCUUUUACAUGUGUUGGUUUAUGUAUUUUAUUGUAAAGCUUUUAAUUAAUUUAAUGCAGCUUGAUGAACUAAUUUUAAAUUUUUUAAAUGUAAGUUUUAGAAACAGAGAAAUAAUAUAUUUGAGAUGAGUUCAUUUAAUUGAUUACAUUUUAUUGUCAUUGAAUGCAAUAAUUUUAAAAGUGCAAUUAUUAUUUAUUGUAAGUUAAUUAAUUGAUUUUAAUGUAUUUUCAUGUAAGUGAGAAUAAAAGAAUGUUAGCUACUGAAUAAACACUGGUCAUCAAUAGCAAGUUGUCCCCCUUGACCAGCUGACUUGUACCUUGUUGUAUGGUAGAUAACCCAGGUUUUUACAAUUCCUUUUAGAAGUUUAUCUUUGACAAAUGUAGUCCACUGACUGCCAGUAGAAAAUGUCAGUCAUAAAGCUGACAAACAGCUGAUUUGUCAGUGGACAGAUGAGAAGCAAGGUCUAGUUAACUUUUGUGUAGAUUACAAUAACAUUGUCAUUCGAUUACAUAUUUAAAUAUAGGGAACCUCGAGCUGCUAAACUGGCAAGAUGAACUACCUUGCUUAUUUAUGGGGGGACUAGUUUGGUUGGAGUUUGUUUUCUACAGGGUUGGCCAAUGGUAUAGUUACUUCCCCUGGAUCUAUUAAACAACAGCUUUGUCAAACUUUAUUAUUACCUGUCACGUGAGUGAUUGAUCUGCUCAUUUGAGCCAAAAACCUAUCAGUUUCCUGUUAGCUUAAUCACCCUACGGCAGCAAGAAGGCGUAAAAGUAAUUUAGUAUA